AUGUCAGCGCAACCGACACAGCGACUACUGGUCGCCAAUAGAGGCGAGAUCGCCGUUCGAAUCAUCCAAGCCGCUCGCGAGGUCUGGCCUCCCAUCGAAACAUUUGCCAUCUAUACCGACGAAGAUCGGUCGCACUGUGAUCUUGGUCGGCCUCAACAUGCCCUGCGAGUUCUCUCUCCCGCGGCAUAUUUAGAUGUUGAACUGCUGGUUCAAUUAGCUCAAAAGCACGGGAUCAACACCGUCCAUCCCGGAUACGGUUUCUUGAGUGAAAGUGCCGACUUUGCGCGUCGCAUGCAAGAUGCUGGCGUCGCCGUUAUCGGUCCUGGGGCGAAGACGUUGGCCCGCACAGGCGACAAGCUCCAGGCUAAACAACUGGCCAUGCAGUGCGAUGUCCCAGUUCUCCCGGCCAUGCCUCGCCCAACGAGCGACGUAGCUGAAAUCCGAGGCUUUGUGGACCAAUUUGGCUACCCCGUCAUGAUCAAGGCCGUUGAUGGUGGCGGGGGCCGCGGUAUUCGACUGGUCCGGCGGGACGAUGAAUUGGAGGGGGCCAUCCGCGGAGCCACAAACGAGUCGCCCUCGCAGACAGUGUUCCUCGAAAAGGCGGCGGUGGACGGGUUUCACCACUUGGAGGUACAGGUGGUCGGCGAUGGGGAAGACGUGUGCCACUUAUGGGAACGGGACUGUAGCAUCCAGCGACGGUUCCAGAAAGUGGUUGAGAUCGCCCCGUCGCUCGUGCGUGACCGGAACCUGGUGCAGAGGGUGGUUGACGCUGCACUGCGCAUGGCCCGCGCCACGCGAUAUCGAUACCUCGGAACGGUCGAGUUCCUAGUCAACGAACAGUUGGGGGAAUUCUACUUUCUAGAGAUCAAUCCCCGUCUCCAGGUGGAGCACACCAUCACAGAAGCGAUCACGGGAAUAGACCUCGUCCAGACACAACUGCAGCUGUCCCAAGGUCGUUCCCUCGCCCAGAUUGGCCUUGGUACAAGUGCACAAACUCCGGCCAACGUGCAUUCUAUCCAGCUGAGGCUAUGUGCGGAGGAUCCGCGCAAGGGUUUCUCCCUCAGUAUGGGGAAAAUCACCGACUUUAGCGUGCCGAGCGGCCACGGGGUCCGCGUUGACACCCACGUAGACAUGACGGGGGCCAGCCCCGUGGUGAUUGGCACCCAAUUUGACAAUCUCCUGGCAAAAAUCAUAGUCACCGCAUCCAGCUGGGAGGCAGCCGUCUUAAAAGCCCGCCGAGUGCUAGCGGAUACGAUGGUGUCUGGCGUGCAAACCAACCUCGAUCUGCUGCGAGGGGUCGCUGCUCAUGAAGACUUUAUGAUGGGACGUCUUGACACACAAUGGCUGGAAAGAAACCUUGAUGGCGCCAUCCAUCACGGCGAGACUAUCUCCCAGUCCAUCCGCGACAAGACGUCUGGCCCCUCAACGCGUCCCUCUACUGUCCCCAGUGUGCCUGCAUCCAACCUUCUCUUCCGUCGUGGUGAUGCGUGGUCGGUCAAGCUGGAGCCUUUGACCAGCUCACCUCCAGCAUCACAGCAGCAUCAUAUCCAACUCACACGAGUCUUGCAAAACGACUUCCCCUCCUCCCUGUCGGCAGAGAUCGAAUAUACGACCCCGUCAUCUUCUACGGCCUACCGCAUUCAACUAGCCACCACGCAAACUGCCGCAUCGGCAUUGGUGUCUUCCUCCCACCGCCGUGGAGACACCCUAAAUCCACGACAUAUCGUACUCCCACUUUCGGGGAAGUUAACUGAGGUGAUGGUGGGACCCGGAGACGUGAUUGCAGAGAACCAAGUGGUGGCAUUCAUCAAACAGAUGAAGAUGGAGGUGGAGGUCCGCAGUCCACGGGCCGGACGAGCUCAAUGGGUAUAUGAAAUGGAGGACGAAGAGGAAGAUGUCGCUGAAGGUAUGCUGCUGGUCGAGUUGGAGGAGGAACUACGAGGGAAGUUGUAG